GCUUCCGCCAAAAAGUCAUGGAGUCUUUUACCAAGAACAGGAAGAAAGGAAAGGAAAAGAAAAGAAAACGCGUGUUGGCUCACUAUAAGUCGUCAUUACAUCAGAGCUCAGUGAAAACUAGUAACAAUUCCUUGUUUCCCUUUGUUAAACCGACCUUCAUGGGCAUCUCAAAGGUCUCUUUGGCCUUCAUUUUGUUGGUUAUCACGUUUCGGCAGAGGAUCCAGGGAUCUCAAGAACAGGCAUGCAAUUCGAAGGACUUAACGGCCCUCAAAGGUUUCUCCAAGUGUUUAGGAUCAGAUAUUGGCGGGUGGAACUGGAACAGCUUCAAUUGCUGCUCCUGGACGGGCAUCACUUGUGAUAAUUCCUCUUUUGUAAAUAAAAGAGUUGUUGGGUUAGAACUUGGGAACAAAAGACUUGCAGGAACAAUAUGUGAGACUUUGGUUGGAUUAGAGCAAGUAAGAAUCCUGAACCUCUCUCAUAAUUUUCUCCAUGGUAAAAUUCCUACCACCUUGUUUCGUUUUCAGAACCUGGAGGUCCUUGACUUGAGUAACAACGAUUUCGUCGGUUCACUUCCCGUCGUUAUUCAUUUACCCUCAAUAAAGUAUUUUGACCUCUCGAAGAAUCAUUUUUCUAGCUUGCUUAGUUUAGAGCUUUGUAAAACUUCAUCCCAUAUCCGGUAUAUUAAUCUUGCCAAUAACUUCUUUGGAGAAGCUUCACUCUAUUUGGAGAACUGUACUUCAUUGCAUUAUGUUCACCUUAAUGGCAAUGGACUAUCAGGAGCUUUCCCUGAGAAUUUAUUCCGGCUACAACAUCUUAGAAUACUGCACCUUCAAGAAAAUAGGUUUUCAGGGCCUCUGCAUUACGGAAUUGGUAACCUCUCCAACCUUGUUGAAUUGGAUAUCUCCUCCAAUGGGUUCAAUGGAAGUCUUCCAGAUUUUUUUGGGAGACUGAGAAAGCUGGAUUCCUUCUCUGCCGGGUCAAAUAGAUUAACUGGCUUAUUACCUAUUUCUUUGGUGAAUUCUCCUUCGCUUUCCAUGGUUGAUCUGCGCAACAAUAGUCUGAAUGGUCCGAUAAAUAUAAAUUGUUCUGCAAUGACCCGUAUCGCUUCGCUUCGUCUUGCUUCCAAUAAUUUUCAGGGGCCAGUUUCUGAUCUAUCCUCUUGCCAGAGCUUGAGAAAUCUGGAUCUUGCACGCAACAAACUUGGCGGUGAGGUUCCAUUCCACUUUAAAAAUCUCCAGGCACUGAAAUUCCUCUCUCUCGCAGGCUCUGGCAUCAUUAAUAUAUCCUCAGCACUUGAGAUUCUGCAAGACUGCAAGAACUUGACUAUAUUGGUCCUUAGUUUGAACUUUUAUCACGAAGAGAUGCCUAGCAACGUGAAUUUGAAGUUCAGAAGUCUCAAGGCACUUGUUAUUCCAAAUUGUCACCUUAAAGGUUCCCUUCCAAUUUGGUUGAGUGGUUGCAGCAUGUUGCAAUUGCUGGAUCUGUCUUGGAAUUCUUUGGGAGGGUCCAUUCCAUUCUGGCUAGGCAACUUCAUCUAUCUCUUUUACUUGGACUUGUCUAAUAAUUCCUUUUCGGGAGAGAUACCAGAAAGUUUAACUGGACUAGAAAGUCUUGUUCACAAUACUGUUCUACUGAAAGAACUCCCUGCAGAUUUGCGACUGGUGAAAAGCACGGGGCACGGUGGGCGCUUGCUGUAUAACAAUAUAUGGAGCUUUCCACCGACUAUCGACUUAAGUUGCAACAAGCUUACAGGACCAAUCUGGCCAAGCUUUGGGAAUUUGAAAAACCUCCAUGUUUUGAGUCUGGAAGGGAACGACCUUUCAGGAACCAUUCCAGAUAGUAUGUCGGAGAUGACAAGCUUAGAAGAGUUGGAUUUGUCUCGUAACAAGCUCUCAGGCGAAAUACCUAAUUCCCUGGUACAUCUCAGCUUUUUGUCAAAAUUCAAUGUAUCAUACAAUGAGCUCUAUGGGGAUAUACCUUCAGGAGGUCAGUUUACGACAUUCCCUGAAUCAAGCUUUGAGGGGAACGAGGCUCUUUGCACUAGAAUGUUAAGACCAUGCCAAAUAGAACAGGUACCACCACUUGUAACUCCAGGUAAAAAAAUGAAGAUUGUGGAUUGGAAAUUUAGCAUUGGAGCGGCAAUUGGUUUUGUUCUCACUGUCUGCUUUUGCUUCAAAUCAGGCUGGGUACUUCCCAAAGGAUGAGAAGCUUAUCAAGGAUGCAACAAAUACUAAAUCUAGAACUGGGUGUUCCAUGGUGCUGACAAGCUUGUAAAAUUAGAUUUGGACAAUCUUUUUGUGUAUAGCUCCUCCCAUGGUUCUUUCUUCUUACUUUAGCUUCUUUUAAAUGGAAUGUAAUGAUCAAUGAAAAAUCAUAAAGCAUACUAUCAAAGUUCUAA